UGUACAACGCAGUGUUCCAUAUAAACUCACAGUACUGGCACGCAAUUAAGUAAGUUAUAUCGACACAGAUUUUUAUGAACUUUUCGUGACACAGAUUUGACGUGACCUGUUGACAGUGUAAUCCCUUGAGUUUUCGGGUGGAGGGACAAAAUUUUAAGUAAAUUCUCAGUGAAUCUGUGUUUUAAUCACCAAUGUCAUCCACACUCAUAUUUGUGGGGUUGCCGGAGGAUUCAAAGAGCUCAAUUACAAAGGUGCCAAAUGCUCCCAAGAGCUGCAUCGCCGAGAUCUUCAGCUCGGAUGUUACAGACAGUAGCCCAGUGAAAAACGGCACCGUGCGCCCGCGUGUGGUGCGCGAUACACCGACUCGCCCCCGCGACACACACUCCAGACUUUUUGGACAGGCUGUAAAUACUUCUGUAACUCCGAUGAUCACGGACACCAUACGCAGUAACAUCCAGUUCGGGGAUUCGCAGAUGAACGGCGGCAGCCCCAUCCACUCACCCUCCAAACAUCUGACCAAUGGAAGCGCCUCGUCGACGCCCAGUCGAGGUGAGAGGGACUUCGCGGAACACUCAACGUACUCCCCACCGAAGAGGAAUCCAGUGACCGGGGACGGAGUUAUGGUGCCACCGCCGCGCCGUCGCCACCCGGGUGCCAGCCUGCGAGAAGGCAACCCGAUCACCGGUGAUGGCUACAAGUCGAUGAAUGGCCAAAUCAACACAGUAACAUCACUAAAUGGCUCCAACAGCAUCCAUCACAACCGCGUGCCGCCUGGCGGUUAUUCAUCAGGUCUUUGGUAGACCAACCCACUUCGAUCGACUUCCCACCAUGCCACCUCACCGGACCAUAAACAAUAAAUUUAAAAACCGGCGAGUGACCAGCCUAUCCAAUCGCCUAAACACCAAUAGUACUCUAUGAUAUUUUAACACCAUGAAGUAUUAUUUGUGUUAUGACUAUGCAUUUAUUUCAACUACCAUUUUGUUAACUAAAAUAAAGUAGCAUUGUUAAAUUUUUAGUAACGCAAAUUGCACCAUCUGAACUCAACGUCCAUUAUAAAAUGAAGGGUAUAUGUUGUUAAUUCCUUAGCCUAUCCCAGUAACAGUUUAUUCGAAUAAUUUAGAAUAGAUUAUUAUAGAUAUUUUUAUAAUAGUAAUAUUUCGAUAGUUAUAAAUCUAUAAGACGAUCGAAUCUUGUGGAUCUUUGAUAUUGAUUAAUGGAAUGUAAUUACAGACGCUUAGAUUAUGGAAGUGUCUCUCUUUCUUUAAAUAUUUCUAAGGUCCACUACUAAGAGCUAUUAUGCAUGAGUGACAAAUGUCAUCAUGACAAAUUAGACACUUAUCAAGUUUGUGGAUAUGUAUAUACCUAUUGUUUUAUUAUAUCCGUAACGUGCAACUAUAUAUCCAUAUACAUACAAAUGGACAAUAUAAAAGCUGAAAUUGUCACGAUGACAAAUGUCACUCAUGCAUGUUAGCUAUAAUUAUAAUAAGAAAUUGAAAAAAUGUACUCUUUCACACUUUUACGAAUAUGUUAACGCAUGGAUAUUGAGAAUUAGGAGUGAGGAAACGUAUCAGCAAUAUACCAAAAUGAUAGUGCCUUGAUUGGUGAUGAUGAAAAAUUCAAGUAGGUUCGAUGUACGGUUGUCUAAGCGUUAUGAAAGUGAUUAUAUGUCUAUAUAUUUCACGGUAUAGAAAUAGUAAUCAUGCGGCACACGGGCUAAUUGAUACAAUUAAUGAUAAAAAUUAUAAUAUAAUUAUAUUCAACACUAUAUAAGUCUUUUCUCGUUUGUUGAAUUUCAUUAUCAUAGUUUAAAAAUAAAGGGUUUAUAGAAAUGCAUUUAUUUUGUCUUUUUAUACAAGUUUAUUUCUUUUUUAGUUUAUUUUCUACUCGUUUAGACGUAAUUGUAAAAAUGGAUUUGAAUUUUGGUAGAUUAUCUGUUAACAUUAUAUCGGACCAUAGUGUGUUAUAGAUUACUAAUAGGUAAAUGAUAACGUUUCUAUGAGUAGGUAGUUAGUUUUCGUCUAGCAUUAACCUAGGCAUAUCAUCUUUGUAAAAAUGUUUUUUAAUAUUCUAACAUGACAGUGCAUAAUCACAGGCCUAACUGUAACAAACUGUUAAUAGAUAAUAACCCAUUAUUUCAAAAUAAAGUUUUUUUAUUGAA